UCUGAGGUCUGGACCCAGCACUCGCCAAUCAAAGCUGAAAGCAGACACUGAAUCAUGAAUGAUUCAUGGUGUGGGCGGGAGAUUCUGCUGUUGAGAGCUGCACUGUGGGCAGGACACUGAAAUUGUGACAGGCCGCUGAACGAAUGGUGCAGAGGCAGGGCUAACAGAAAAGAGCCAAUGAUGGAGAGGAGCCCCGUGCCGUUCAGCCGAGACAUGAAGAGCUGCAAGGAGUGGCGGAGGGAGCGAGCGAGUGCACGAGGCUGAGAGUGCGCGAGAGUGCUGGGCAGGAAAACAGGUCUUGGAGUGAACGCGGAGGAGGGAGAGAGAGGAAGACGGAGCGAUAGGUGGAGCACCGAAGACAGGAGAGUGCAUCUGUUGACUUGCAUCUUCUAAAGACUGAGCCAAACACACAGUUUUUUCGUCUCUUCAAACCAGAAAUCAUGGCCAACGUCACUGCCGCUAUACACCCAAGCAAUCUCCCGAGGCACCCAGAGGCCGUCCCGCUCUCCCAUGUCUCCAUGCAGGUCCAGGAGGUCUACCCUUUCCACGAUGGCUGGAACGUGGCCUGCUUCAUCAUCCUCCUGCUCUUUAUCCUCACCGUCGUGUCUCUGGCUGCCUUGGCCGUGCUUUACGAGCUGCUGGACUGUGGAUGCUGUGCCAAAGGGAAGACGCAUCACCAGCUACAGGAGGAGGGGCCGGGGAGCUGCGGCAAGCUCAUGACCAGCAUUUGCAAGGAGUCGGAAUCUCGUACGGAGGUUGUAUAGGAGCAGAACGAUUUAAGAAAUGGAAGAGUAGGAAUUUGGGUUUCAGUUCUAAACUGGGUUGACCUGAGCGCUGACCGAGUUAGAAAAGAACUUCUAAAAAGCACCCGAUAAUGGUUCAAUUGCUCGCGGUUGAGAGGAUGCGGAGGGAAGAAACCAGAUAAGGCAGCAGGACUAUGUAAAAAAAGGAAGGGGGGCGGUUUGUCACUGAUUUGGAGUUAGCUUUUCAUUUCAGUUAGGAGAAAAUCUUCACAUAUCUACAUUCACCAUCACUUAACACACAGGGCUGACCCUGAGAGCCAUAUUUCACACCAGAGACACUACCAGAAGAAAGACAGAGCACUUCAGUAGUCCAAUCAGAAUAAGAGGACUAGAAAUAGUACUAGUGUGGCCAUGAAAAACACAACUAAGACCCAAUAUCAGCUAGUUUAAAAAAAAAAGUAUUUUUCUGCCCUGUGAGUACUGCACGCACCCAUGAGCUGGCUGCAAAUGAGCUUCAAUGAGAUGUGGUAUAAAGUUGUAUUCAGACAGAAAAUGCUGUCCAAAUCUAAAGACUGCAACAUCCCAGUUUCCCAACAGGACCUGAUGGACAUCAAACAAAUGAAGGAGCUUUGUUGGACAACACCGUUGCUUUGAAUAAAGCCUGUGUUUCUGUGUUCUUUGGUAAAUUGUAUACCAGUGUUGUUGACAUGUUUAGCAUUGUAACAUAAUCUCAUGACACUUGGUGGCUGCACAGUGAUGUAAUUUAUCAUGUCAUUUUGAGCACAAUGUAUAGGCCUAACCCCAAAAUGCCUAAU